GGCGGCCAUGGCGGCCACGCAGAUCCCAGCGCUGGCGCUCGCCGUGCUCGGAAGGCUACCUGAAGCCACCCGGCCACUAAAACUUCUCUGGGUCGUAGGAGGGUUCCGACAGCACCUCAGCUUAACCCUCUCCUCCGCUGCUCAGGAAGACCGCAGAGGCUCUGGGCCCCGCUCGCAAGGCGGACUAGAGGGAACGGGGAGGAGCCCGGGGAGCGAAGAGUUAACAACGGCCGAGCGGCAGAUCGUGGACCUGCACGCGGCAGCGUGCGCGGCUGGCCAGUUACACUACAUGGAUCCAGCUACUGGCUAUACCGUGCUCACACAGCUCGCCCACUUGCAGAGAGGUAACUGCUGUGGUUCUGCCUGCAGACACUGUCCAUAUGGCCAAGUCAAUGUUAAAGAUCCAUCUCAAAGGAAGAAAUUCAAUUCAUAUUUUUAUGUUUGACAACAAUUUCCUCUCUGUUCUCCAUCUAAUUGAGCCUGUAUUAAAAAAAAAUACCCUAAUCCAGAAUUGCUCUCUGUGCUGUUAGUCCUUGAGCACUAGUUUAAUCAUAAGUACAUAUAUUAAAAGAACAUCAAUAAAAUGAAAAAGCUAGCAAAUGUUUGUGUGUUUCUGAAGUGGCACAUUGAUAGUUAUUUUCCUUUCUUUUUGCUUCAUUAUCAGACACAUA